AUGAAGUGGCUCCCGGUGGUCCUGGCGUGUCUGCAGCUGGCGGAGGGGGCGGUGAGGAUCAGUCUGAAGAAAGGCCUGUCCAUCCGCGAAAAGAUGAGGGCAGCUGGGGCGCUGGAUGAUUUCCUGAAGCACAUUAGAUAUGAUCCAGUGAAGAAAUACCAGUCCAGCCAGGGCUCCGUGGUGAGGGAGCCCAUAGCCAACCACCUGGAUUCCUCCUACUUUGGGGAAAUCAGCAUCGGGGAACCCCCCCAAAAGUUUUUGGUGCUCUUCGACACUGGCUCCUCCAACCUGUGGGUUCCCUCUGUGGACUGCAAGAGUCCUGCUUGCUUCAACCACGCCAAGUUCCAGCCCCGUGACUCAGCCACCUUCACCCCCCGUGACCAGUCCUACACCGUGUCCUACGGCAGCGGCUCCAUCACCAUCACACUGGGCUACGACACGCUCAGGAUCCAGAGCAUCACUGUCACAAACCAGGAGUUCGGGCUCAGCCAGGACGAGCCCACCCAGCCUUUCUACUUUGCGGAUUUCGAUGGGAUCCUGGGCAUGGCCUACCCCUCUCUGGUAGUGGGAGGGAUGGCCACAGCUCUGGAGGGGAUGCUGGAGCAGAACCAGCUCUCAGAGCCCAUUUUCAGCUUUUACUUCUCACGCCAGCCCACCUACGAGUACGGGGGAGAGCUCAUCCUUGGGGGCACUGACCCUCAGCUCUUCCAGGGGGACAUCACGUGGGCACCGGUGACAGAGAAGCUUUACUGGCAGGUGGCACUUGAGGAGUUUGCCAUCGGACAGUCAGUGACCAGCUGGUGCAGCCAGGGCUGCCAGGCCAUUGUGGACACGGGGACAUUCCUGCUGACCGUGCCCCAGGAGUACAUAGAGAGCAUCCUGGAGGCCCUGGGAGCACAGGAGACCAGCUAUGGGGUGAGUUAUGCAGUGGGCUGCAACGACACCCAGAGCAUGCCCCCCAUCACCUUCAUCAUCGGCGGCGCUCGGCUCCCGCUCUCCCCGUCCGCCUACGUCCUGAACAGCAAUGGCUACUGCACCCUGGCCAUCGAGGUCACCUACCUGCCCUCCCAGGACGGGCAGCCCCUCUGGAUCCUGGGAGAUGUUUUCCUGAAGGAAUAUUACACCAUCUUCGACAUGGCCAACAACCGGGUGGGCUUUGCCUUGUCGGUCUAG